AUGCCACGUCGUAAUAGUAAUUUCCCAUCUAUUCCAUUAGUUGCCACUAUUGACAUUGGUACAACUUCAGCUAGAGCAAUUUUGUUCUCGCAAGAAGGGCAAGAAAUUGCUAAACAUCAAAUAGAAUAUUCAACAACCGCAUCAGAAGCACCAGAACACUCUCAAAACACUGAUCAAUUUAGAAGAAGAUCAUCUUUGCUAAGACAUGAUGAACCAAUUUUUUCAGCUGAAGGUAUUGCCAUUUCAAUAACUGAUAAUGUUGAAAUUGAGAAUAACAAAUCAUCAGUUGGACCUACGUUGAGAUUUCCUCAACCUGGAUGGGUUGAAUGUAUGCCUGUCCACAUUUUGGCUAAUGCAGUUCAAUGUUUAGUUGCUUGUUUGAUCACUUUAAGGAAGAUUAAUCAAAAUCCAAAUUUAAAAGUGAAAUACAAGGUUAAAUGUAUUGGUAUUGCCAAUAUGAGAGAAACCACAAUUGUAUGGUCGAGAAAAACUGGUAAACCUUUAAGUGGGGGUAUCACCUGGACUGAUACAAGAACAGCAGAAAUUGUUCAACAUUUGGAGAAAAUGAUUGAUGAGGACAGAAAAGCUGAGUUGAAGGAGAAAACUGGAUUACCCUUGUCCACAUACUUUUCAGCAGCAAAAUUGAGAUGGUUGUUAGAUAACGAUGAUGUAAUUAGAGACGAAUACGAAAAAGGUGAUGGUAAUUUGAUGUUUGGUACUGUUGAUACUUGGUUGAUUUAUAAUUUGACCAAGGAGAAAUCAUUUGUUACUGAUAUUACCAAUGCGUCAAGAACAUAUUUUAUGGAUUUGGAAACUCAUGAUUAUGAUGAUGAUUUGUUAGAUUUUUGGGGUAUUGAUCCAACAAGAAUCCAAUUACCCAAGAUUGUUUCUUCAUCUGAAUACUAUGGUGCAUUUGCUGCACCAAAUUUAUCCCACUUAGGUUUCCAUAAUAAAAUCACACAAGAAGCUUAUGAUAUAUUGAAAACAAUUACCGGUGUUCCAAUUUGUGGUUGUUUGGGUGAUCAAAGUGCUUCAUUGGUGGGACAAUUGGCAUUGAAACCGGGUUCAGCUAAAUGCACUUAUGGUACUGGUUGUUUCUUGUUGUACAAUACUGGUCCACGUAAAUUGAUCAGUUCUCAUGGUGCAUUAACCACUUUUGGAUUCUGGUUCCCUUCACUUGGCGGUGAGGAUGGUAAACCUCAUUAUGCGUUAGAAGGUUCAAUUGCUGUUGCGGGUUCGAUAAUUCAAUGGUUAAGAGAUAAUUUGAGGUUGAUCAGUGAAGCUCAAGAUAUUGGACCAUUGGCAUCACAGGUGGAAAACUCUGGCGGGGUUGUCUUCAUCCCUGCAUUUAGUGGGUUAUACGCGCCAUAUUGGGAUAGGGGUGCCAGAGGUACCAUAUUUGGUAUGACACAGUACACCUCGUCAUCCCACAUUGCCAGAGCAGCUUUGGAGGGGGUUUGUUAUCAAGUACGGGCCAUUUUGAGAGCAAUGGGAAGUGAUGCCGGAUCUUCAGAGCAUUUUAUGGAAGAAGCACGUACAUCACAACAUGAUGAUCAACCAUUAUCACACUUGGCAACUGAUGGAGGUAUGUCGAAAGCAGAUGAAGUAUUGCAAAUCCAAGCUGAUAUUUUAGGUCCUUGUGUUACUGUUAAGCGAGCAAAGAUUUCUGAAUGUACUGCUUUAGGAGCUGCUAUUGCUGCCGGUGUAUCGUUCAAGAAUGAAGAGGAUCGUAUAUGGAAAGAUUUUGAUGAUGUUGUGGCUAAAAUCACUGGAAAUGACGAUGAAGCUGCUAAUACAUUCAAUGCAGAAAUGCCCGACGCUGAAAGGAGAAAGAAUUGGAAACGAUGGGAAAAGGCCAUUGAAAGAGCCAAAGGAUGGUUAGAUGAAGAUGAUUGA